UUGUUUUGUUUUGCUACUGCUUGCGUCAGAGGCCUAGAUAGGGAAUUAAUAUUCCCCUUUCUCGUCUGACGCCUGUAGUCAUUUCUCAGGUUUAAAGUUCUCUAGUUUUGAGAGAGGUUAUUGGUGGUGAUUCAAGCUUUGGUGAACCACUGUAAUAAAUGGUAAACAGCAAUUCUUUUUCUGAGAAGUCGUAUGGUUGGCCUAAGUGAAGGGAGGCCAAACGAAUAGGAACUCGACAAAGGAGUCGAUGAAGAGAGAGAAUUCAGACCAAUUUGCGGAAGGGAAGUUGCCAGUUUUUGUUUUCCCGACAUCAUUAAACUUUUUUGCGGAUGAUCAAUUCACUCACAAACAGGUUCUUACGCUGUACAACCCAUACGAAUUUGGAAUAAGUUUUAAAGUUUUUUGUAAUAACCCAAGAAAGUACAGUGUUGUUGAAUCAGAGGGAGCAAUCAAACCAAAAUGUUGUAUAGAUAUAGUCAUCAGAAUAACAGAGAUAAAUCUAGCACAUUCUCAAGAUGACAAAUUUCGAAUUCAUGUGAUUGAAAAUGGUACCUCUGAAGUUCUUGGAAGAAAAGACAUUCCAGUGCGCCUUUUGGCACAUUCUGGAGACUCAAAGCAGGAAAGGGACAAGGCGCUCAGCAGACAAAAGAGGCAGAUUGAAAGUUUAAUGGCUCUACAUUCUUCUGGACAUGUAAUGGUUGAAAGACAGACACCAAGCAUACCCGUGUUGCUGUUGUCAUUCGCAUGCGUACUAGCGUUGAUGCUGCCAACAUAUUUCGAUGAAAAAGCAUCAUCCUCCAUUCCACCGUAUCUGCACCUGUCAAUCAACCAAAAGCUGAUUGCUGCGUAUGUUCUCGGACUGGCCACAAUGGCGCUGCUAAGAGCUUGAUUGAUGCCACUGCGAAGGCAUUCUUGAACUGGCACCAGGUCGUCAAGUAUACGAAUAGCAAUGCAUGUUUGUUUGAAAUUAACAAAGAAAUAUAAACUGCAAUUCAUUUAUGUAAAAAUUUUAAUACCUAGUAUUGUUUUUCAAAUAUAUCGUGAUAUUGUUUAGAGGGUAUGUGGAGAUGUUUUCGGUAUAAAAAUAUUUAGAUGUUUUUGUGGCUCUUCCAUAAACCUCGCUAUCCCUGAUUCUUUGCUUUAAAAAUGAAGUAAAAAUGGCGGCAUCUACAUUUCUUCUUUCGGUAGGUGAUGCAGAAUGGCUAUGAAUCUAUUAGUAAGAUAUAUAUAUUUCAUCAAAAGAUCAUCUCAACAUUUCGAACGCUUCUCAGAUGGCCUAGAAAGCAAAAGCAAGCAUGCGCACUGCAACCUAGGAUGUAUAUGUGCAAAGUGCGCAAAAUCGCUUUUCUCUGAACAUGCAUGAUAUUUAUUGUAUUGUAUACUUAAAAACAGAUGUUUUUGUCAAGAAUUCAGUCCAAAGUCGCUAGAAGUCAUGCCACAAUUAUGUCUCUUAAUGAUCAAAAUCUUACAAUAAAUGAAUUACAUGCUAUGCUAUGUAUAUGCAA